CUACGGGAAGCGGCCGGGCUCCUCCGCUUCCGGCGCUGCCUUGACUUUUUCCUCCCGUUCCUUCCAGUCCCAUAUCAGAAUGACAGCUCUUAUGAGGAAGUUCAUACAUCAGACUGUGAAAACUGGAAUUAAUUGCAGUGAUAGAUACUUUAGUGCACAGAUUGUGCAAAAGGCAGCACUAACACUGUUUGGGGCUAUCACUGUUGCCAAAAGAUUACCACUGCCUGCAUAUGCUAAUGCAUUUAGUACAGUUGGAAACACAGAAGAUGAAACGGACAAGAAAAAAAGGUCAAAAUCAGCUUUUGGCAAUGUUGGGAGAAAAAUUCAUCACCGAAUUCUUCAGCUACUUGAUAGUAAUGGGAACGACUUGGGAACGAUGCACCGAGUGACAGCGAUUCGUCUAAUGGAGGAGCAAAACCUGAGACUUGUUUUACGGAAUGCCAGUGCAGACCCUCCAGUAUACCAGUUAAUGUCAGGAAGCCAGAUUCAUGAAGAACAGCUUCGACUUAGAGAGAAAGAAAAGACUCAAGCAAAAACCAGACCUCCCCAGUUAAAGGAAUUGACCUUUUCUUCAAAUAUUGCACAACAUGAUUUGGACACCAAAAUGAAACAGAUUCAACAGUGGAUUGAGAAAAAAUAUCAAGUCCAAAUUACAGUAAAGAAAGGGAAAGCUACAGACCCAGAAGAUAAUAUGGAGGAGCUCUUUGACAAAAUUCUCAAGUCUAUGCCUGAACUAGCUACCUUCACAUCCAAGCCCAGAAUCACGAGAGGUGGGAAAGCUGCGACCUGUGUUUUUCGCCACUUGAGCAAUAAGGAAAUGACUGAACAUGGGAAAAGUAAAGAGAUUCAAAUAAACAGAGACACUGUGAAUAAGGAAAACAGUGAUGAUAUGGAAUCAAAUAUUCUGCAGCAGUGAUAUUUUAAUAAGAAAAACUUUCAAAGGAUCGUGUAUAACGGCAUGUCUUGUAAGACUUUGCUGCAAUGGAAGGAAGGAGAAAGGUCAAACCAGAUUUUCCUUAUGAACAAAUUAUGUACACUCUCUCUUACUGGAAAUAUUCAUCUUCUCAGGUACCAGAGGGUCAAUUUCCUGAAGCUAUCAAUUUCAUCUCUCUUCUUCAUAUAAGCUUACUGCCUCCUCCCAGUAUUAGUUGUUUCCAUGAAAACAUUAAAAGGCAAGGUUCCAGAAAAACAAAACUGUAAAACUAGUGAGCCCACAUUCUUGGCCAAGUCUAAGAAGGCCAGUCUUAAACAAGAAAUGAAUGACCACAUCUACUUAUCCCACCUAAACUUCACCUCAUUCCAUGUGCUCUGUAAUACCAGUUUUUUUCUAUCUCCAUAUACCAACAAAAAGUAACCCAAAGUCAAAACAUACAAAUAACAGUAUCUAUCCUUCAUAGUAAAAGUAAUUUUAACUUGUGGUCAUUAUUUAACUUGUGUUCUGGUUCUACUCCACUUUGCAUCAGUUCAUACAAGUUUUCCAAUUAAUAUUAAAAGGAUUGAGUAGGCAGGUGUGGUAUUGGCUGUAUGUUUAGUAGCUGGCCAUAGGGAAAAAUGCCA